GUGGAAUCUUCGCAGUCGUAUACGGCCCGCAUCGCACUCUAGAGAUCCGAUUCCAGCGCUAUUACAUCAGUAUAUAUCAGGCUUUUAUCUACUAAUAGUCAGCAGAGAAUUUCAAAUUCUAUCGACCAUUUGUUGGCAACAGCAGAGACAAUUUCCGACUCGAAUUUUGACGGAAUCGACGACCCAAUUUUGAAUUGAAACAGUAUAUCACAAGAGAGACACUUUUUCGUCGCCAAAAUUAUGCUGAACUGGACCCUGUUAGUAGCUGUGAUUGGCUGUUAUUGCUCGAGCUGUUUGGCUGCUUCUCUUCUACCUCACGAGCAGGGUAAAAAUGCGCCUUCGCCUGUUGCCGUAGACCCGAUUCUUCAGACCCGUCAACGACGGGAUGCGUACAACAUCAUUGAAGACUGCAUGACGGUGACGUCAAAGGAUGGCCAUUUCUAUUACAAAGCCAGCCCCAAGGAUGAAGUGGAACCAGGUACAACGUGCGGUCUCUACCUCAUCACCGAUCCCGAGCGACUCAUUGAAAUCGAGCUGAUUCACGUCGACGUUUCCUGCGAAAACGGUGGACUUAUCUCGGUGGUUGACGGUUGGGAGCUCAAUGGUGAAUUCUUCCCGUCGCCGGAAGACCACCAUUUGCCGCUGGAGCAGCGAGUCAAAUCGGAAUGCGGCAGCCACCAGGUGAUGAGUCGAUAUCUCUCCUCUCAGAAUGCAGCUCUCGUCCAAUACAGAGUCCCGCGUUUGGGUCAAGGCUUUUCGCUUCGCGUCAAUUACGUCAAGAAUCCCCAACCGUGCAAUAUCCUGGUGGAGGGAACGUCGUAUGUUUACACCCUGAGCAAUCACGGCCGCCGACUCAAUUGCAGUGUCACCACCCUAUUCCCGGCCAGCAUUUCCCUCGUUUCGCUCGACGUCGGUUUCACCGAGCAAAGGCGAUUGAGUCGAGGGCCAUCGUCACGCCAUCAUUUGAUCACGCACCGCUCGCCUCCGGGUGAAAUCGUCCAUAACUGCGAAGAAAAAGACAUGUCCGAUUUCCUGCAAAUUGGCGGAUCUUCCGGGCUGGAUACGGCCAACAUGUUAGUUUCGGAUUCCGUCUGCGGUGCAGCUCGUGAGCCAAAAACGACUGAAGAAACGAUUGCUUGUGGCAUCACAACCGUGCGAUUGGUCUCAAGCGGCCGUCAUCGCAACUGGGCGCAAGUUUCCAUACGCCCGGCCGAAGACGAGGACCUUUCAUUGGCCAACGUCAUGUGCCCAGCUUAAAGACACGCAAAAUUCAAAUACUAUACCAAAAUCUAAACUUAAUUUACGUUUUUAACUCUCCUUUAUCGAGCAUUUCACGAAAGAAAAACAACAUAAACUGUUGUAAAGAUUAUUCUAUUCCAUUUCACCCUGCCCCCACACCGAAAUCCUAUCGAUUUUUUAGUCUAGUCGUUGAACAAUCAUUUGACAUUGUUAGAAAGUUUACUACUCUCCUAUAUAGCCAAUUCAGCAGACGGACACUAUAAAACUACAAUACGGACACACAAUGAGUGACGACAGGACACACAACUUCUUUCACAAAAAGUCGAGAAAAUGAGAUCCUGGUUAACUUGAUUCAUUUAUUUACCGUGUAUGUAUUGGCGAUGCACCCCGUCAUGAUCUCCACCUCCUUAAUUCAUUCCCUGAAAAAUUUUCUCCCCCCCGGCAAAAGAGGCCAGGACGAAAACACCACCACAACUCUCUCAAAAAAGACAAAACAAAUUAUGUAUGCGGGAUUAUUUACUAUUAUUACGAUUAUUACAAGAUCAUCAAUGUAUUA